CACUGAUACGUGUUUACUUUUAGUUAAUACCACUAAUGCAGAUAAUAAUGAGAGUAUUUUAGCGUCAGAUAUUUUUUAAAAUACGUUAUCAAAGUUGAACGAAAACUCCCUUUAAUCUUGAGUGGUGACAGCUCUCUCCGAGCAGGAACCAGCCUCCGUUGUUUUCCUUCUUUCUGCCCAGCAGACUCUGGAGGAAUGGUAGCCGGUUAGCUGUUCAGGCAGCAGCUUUUGGAUUAACUUGUUAUCUGGCAUUCGGUUGUUCUGUUAAAAUAAUGAAUUUACUACCGUCUAAUCCUCACGGGAAUGGGCUCCUUUAUGCUGGAUUCAACCAGGAUCAUGGAUGCUUUGCCUGUGGAAUGGAGAAUGGGUUCCGUGUCUACAACACAGAUCCUCUUAAGGAGAAGGAGAAACAAGAGUUCCUGGAGGGCGGGGUCGGCCACGUGGAGAUGCUGUUCAGGUGUAACUAUUUAGCCCUCGUGGGAGGAGGAAAGAAACCCAAGUACCCAACCAACAAAGUGAUGAUCUGGGAUGACCUGAAGAAGAAGACCGUUAUUGAGAUUGAGUUCUCAACAGAAGUCAAAGCAGUGAAGCUUCGGCGCGACAGGAUUGUGGUGGUCCUGGACUCAAUGAUCAAAGUCUUCACCUUUACCCACAACCCCCAUCAGCUGCAUGUGUUUGAGACCUGCUACAACCCCAAAGGUCUGUGCGUGCUGUGUCCCAACAGCAACAACUCUCUGUUGGCGUUCCCCGGGACCCACUCAGGCCACGUGCAGAUAGUGGACCUGGCCAACACAGAGAAGCCCCCUGUUGAUAUUCCUGCCCAUGAGGGGGCGCUGUGCUGCAUCGCUCUAAACCUGCAGGGCACGAGAAUAGCUACUGCAUCAGAGAAAGGGACUCUCAUUAGAAUUUUUGACACAUCUGCAGGUCAGCUCAUACAGGAGCUAAGACGAGGCUCUCAGACGGCGAACAUUUACUGCAUCAAUUUCAACCAGGAUGCUUCUCUCAUCUGCGUGUCCAGUGACCACGGCACAGUGCACAUCUUUGCUGCGGAGGACCCCAAAAGGAACAAACAGUCGAGUUUGGCAUCAGCCAGCUUUCUCCCCAAAUACUUCAGCUCCAAGUGGAGCUUCUCCAAGUUCCAGGUCCCCUCAGGCUCUCCCUGUGUGUGUGCCUUUGGAACAGAGCCCAACGCUGUCAUAGCCAUUUGUGCUGACGGCAGCUACUACAAGUUCCUGUUCAACCAGAAGGGGGAGUGUUCCAGAGAUGUGUACGCCCAGUUCCUGGAGAUGACCGAUGAGAAAAUAUGACCUUUGAUCCCACCGGAGACUCUCUAUUACACAGCCUGUUUUUUUUUU